AACAAAGAAAAGUAAAAGGUAGGAGAGAGAGAGAGUUGGCCAAAAUACGACUUAAAAGGAAGCUAUGGCGAAAUUACAGUCCCUGUCUAUGUCAGUUGCAGUACUACUUCCACAACCACCAUCUCUCUAUAAUCAUCUCUGUUUCCUUGCUUUGUUGGCCCAACAUGGAUCGUCUGAUCCUCAAGAUCAAGCUUCUUCUCCACCUCCGCCGAUCUCCUCCAGGUAAUGUAUCUUUUGUGAGGCGUUUCUCAUACAAUGAUAUAAAAAGGGCAACAGAUGGUUUCCGCUGGAUCAUUGACAACUCAUCCCAUGGAGCCGUUUACAAAGCCAAAUUUGAAGAUGGUCGUGUUGCUCUGGUAAAAGAAAUAAGAGAUUUUGAUGAAGCAAAAGAUGCCUUCUAUAGAGAAGUCCAACUUUUGGGGCGCUUGCAUCACCGGCACAUUGUUUCGCUUAGUGGCUUUUCCACAGGACAUAAGAGGUUUCUAGUGUUUGAAGACAUAGAAAAUGGAACCCUGAAAGCGCAUCUGAAUGAUCCUCUUAAGACUCCCUUGAAUUGGAGAACAAGGCUACAAAUAGUCAUUGGCGUGGCAGCUGCACUCGAAUACUUACAUUUCUUCUGCGACCCACCAAUGUAUCAUGUCUCAGUCAGUUCAAGUACCAUCAUGUUAGAUGAGAACUUCAAUGCGAAGCUCUGCAAUAUUGGCCGCCUUAGUUCUCAUGGAAAUGACAUUACAUUGCCACAGUCUUCACCUUCGAAGGAUUAUAGAGGUCAGGUAUGCGGAAACAUAAUCUUUCAGCUUGGCUUACUAAUUCUCGAGCUAAUAACUGGUCAGUCCUCGGAGGAGGGAGGUGUAGAUUUGAUCCAAUGGGUUGAAGAAUUUCGCUUCUCGAGAUCCAUACAUAAGAUGCUUGAUCCCGACCUUGGAAACAACUAUGAUUCUAGUGAGCUUAAGGGUCUUUUAGCUGUAGCAAGAUUGUGUAUAAAAUCUCUAGAUAAGCCAACACUUUUUACUCCUCAGGUAUUUAGGUACCUCCAGAAGAAGCUAGGCAUUGAAUAAACCGUUAUCAAUGACUUGUGAUUAUGCCUUAUGAUAUUCUUUGGAAAUUGAGUUGAUGCUUCAUGGAGUUAAGGUCCCUUUAUUCCAAGGUUAGCUAUCGUGAAAAUUUUCAUUUUGGAUGUACUAGUUGUCUGAAAGAGCAGCUUAACUCAACGGUAACAUUUAUUGUUAGCGUCUUUAGUAGUUCAAAUACUAGUCACAAAAACACUCAAAAAAUAGAAGUAAUACUGCAUACAUCUUUAUCUCCCAGACUCCGCUUUAACAG